AUGGAACCAUUGUUGCUUAAAGAUGAACCAAUGGUGUUUGAGGGCUUCAUGAAAAUAUGUAUGAACAUAGUUGACGCUGAUGGGAUUCUAGUGAACACAUGGCAAGAACUUGAGCCAACGACACUUAAAGCUUUAUUAAGUGGUGAAGCUAUAAGGGGAAAGAUUUAUCCGGUCGGACUGUUAGUGAGAGGCAUCAAUUCAAACCGAACCGAGAAGGAUCAUGAUCUGGUUUUAAGUUGGCUAGAUCGGCAACCGGCUGAGUCAGUUAUUUUCGUGUCGUUUGGGAGUGGUGGGACCAUGUCGGAGGCACUAAUGGAAGUUAAGCCAUUAAUGGCUAGAUCGGCAAUGGCUUAUGUUUUGGAGUUAAGCCAGCAGAGAUUCAUUUGGGUGGUUCGGCCGCCACAUAAAGAAAAAACCAGUGCAAAUCAUGGUUCAUACUUCAAGCUUGAGUAUGGAGAAAACAACACAGAUAGCUUGCUAGAGAAAUUCCUGAGUAGGACCCACGAGUUAGGGCUUAUGGUCCCCAUGUGGGCCCCACAGUUGGAGAUUCUAGAACAUUCUUCAGUCGGGGCAUUCAUGAGUCACUGUGGCUGGAACUCGAUGUUUGAAGCGAUAACCAAUGGUGUGCCGAUGAUAGCGUGGCAGUUGUACGCGGAGCAGAAGAUGAACGCGGCGGCGCUGACAGAGGAGAUGGGGGUGGCGGUGAGGGUGAAGAGGGGUGGGAAUAAAGCAGAGGUGGUGAAGAGAGAGGAAAUACAGAGGCUGACAAGAAGAGUGAUGGUGGAAGAACAAGGUGUGUACAUGAGGGAAAGGGUUAAAAAGCUUCAACGUGGCGCAAAAAUGACUUUGUCUGAGGCUGGAUCAUCUUUUGACUCUAUUUAUCAACUGGCCAACUAUUGUAAGACAAGUUCUUCUACCUUCAUCUUCUCCAACACCAUCAACAUGGUCUUAACUGUCGGAAACCCUAGCGUUGCUUUGCUCUGCAGCCCAGGAAUCGGCCAUCUCAUUCCAAUGCUUGAGCUGGGCAAGUGUCUGAUGUCUAAUGAUGGCUUCGACGUUACCAUCUUCAUUGUGACCACUGAUUCUUCAACCACACAUUCGCAGAUAGUCCACCAAACUUCAUCAAACCCUAAAACCGCUGCCGCCCUAAACGUCAUCGUACUCCCACCUGUAGAUGUUUCCAGCAAGCUCAAGCCAUUGAACUCAUCACAGUUCGGAGCUCGAAUCAGGUUAACAAUGGAGGAAGCGCUCCCACUUCUUCGCUCUGCUUUUCUCUCAAUGAAGCUUCGUCCAAUAGCUCUCAUCGUUGAUUUGUUCGGCACUGAUGCUUUCGCCAUGGCACGUGACCUCGAGAUGCUUACCUACGUGUUUUUCACUUCCAGUGCAUGGGUUCUUGCUCUUGCUGUGCAUGUUCCAGUUAUGGAGAAGGAACUGUUAGACAGGCAUGUGAAACUCCAUGAACCGCUUCCCAUUCCGGGUUGUAAACCGCUUCGGUUCGAAGACACCAUGGAACCGUUAUUGCUUAAAGAUUAA